UUAAACUCAGAUAAACCUUCAGCAACGCCCCUCAUUCCCUUCACGUUACACACACAGCUUCUCCCGAGAUCGAGGACAAUGGCGUUGCUGGAAGCUCAACCAGUUCUGGCCACCACCAACGUCUUUCAACAUGGAGACAUAGAAUGCCAGCCACUCCACGUUGAUCCCUCGAGCACUUCCUCGCCCCCAAAACCAUUACUAAUCUUCACGCCAAUCGUGGCCGCCAAAUACCCAGUAAUCUUGUUUUGCCAUGGCUUCUGCCUUGCUACCAGCGGCUACUCUAAUCUCUUCAACCACAUAGCCUCUCAUGGAUACGUUGUUGUUGCUCCUCAGUUCUGUCUUAACUGCGAAUGGAUGCCCAUGAUGUCAUAUUGUGAGGUUAAGUGUGCGGGAGAUGUGGCGGACUGGGUAGCCGAAAAGCUUCAGUCAGUGCUUCCUGAGAACGUAAUACCAAAUCUGGAUCAAUUUGUGACGGCAGGGCAUAGUAAGGGUGGGAAUACAGCAUUUGCAGUAGCGCUCGGGCAUGCCAAGACGAAGCUCAACAUUUCAGCGCUGGUAGGCGUAGACCCCGUAGGUGGGCUUAAUAAGUAUUGCAAAACGUAUCCUUGGAUCCUCAAGGGCCAGGCCGGGUCUUUCAAGCUAACCAUGCCCGUAGCUAUAAUCGGAACUGGUUUGGGCCCAGAAAAAGCCGAUUAUUGCUGUUCGCAACCCUGUGCGCCUGAGGGCGUGAAUCAUGAGAAUUUCUUCUUCGAGAGCAAUCCGCCCUGUGCUUAUUUUGUAGCCAAGGAGUAUGGUCACAUGGACAUGUUAGAUGACAGUCUGGGAGUGAUUGGGAAAGUGGCGAGCUGUUUGUGUAAGAACGGGACGGGUGCUAAGGACUGCAUGAGAAGAACGGUCGGUGGCUUAAUCGUCGCCUUCUUGAGGGCUCAUUUGGAUCUGCGCACUCACGAUCUGGACGCCAUUGUUGCCAACCCUAGUCUUGCUCCUGCCACGCUCCAUCCUGCUAAGUAUAUAAAAGCACCCUGAAAUUCUCUCGUCUCGUUUCAAAUUUGUGUCCAAGUUUAAAUUCCUAAGCUUUGAAUAUGAAAUAUUUAAAAUUUUACUAUCCGGGGCCUCCUAGCUUGGUGGUGUCUUUUUCCACAAGACUUCAGGUGCACUUUGCAAUUAGGAAGCUUCAAGUACCACGUUAUAACUUCAGCACUAUUUCUGUAUUUUGUGAAUGACACGCUAUGAAG